AUUCCUAGCGUUAUUAGCGCCUAGUGGUACUAGAAAUGUAGCAUGCCUCGGUAUAGCGUGAUGUGGAGGGAAUGCGCAUAAGAAGUUUUACAUAUAUGCGUAUAGAUAGGCCUAGAAGCGCGCGCGGUUUUGCUUUCCGUCUAAAUUUAAUCUUUUUCUCGUGUCCUUUUAUCAAUUUUUACUGUGUCGUUUUCGUUACUCCGUAUCCUACACGUGUUGAUAAAAUAUUUCUUUGCAACUCGUGCGCAACAGGUAUGUAUAUUUAUUGUGGCAGAAAGAAUAAAAGGUUCAACAUCUUAUUAUAUUCAUAUUAUAUUUAUAGGCAUUGAUACUGUGCAAUUAAUACCUGUGCAAUUUGAAAUAUGUAUUGUGUGGCUGAAUUUAUUAAAACUGCAGAGACGGAAGUUGUACCAACAAAAUGGGUUAAUAAACAAGGUACUAAGUGUUUUUGGCCUUAUUACAAAGGCACCGACCGAAUUAAAAAAGCUAUUUUAUCAAGCGAAAUUCCUGAUCCAGAGAAGUGGGACGAGUAUGAUACCAGAAUAUUACAUAAAUAUAAUACAUAUCAAGAAGCUCGCUCUCACUUAUCAAAAGCUGUAUAUACAUCUCAUUUGGAUUCGGAAGAAGAUAAUGAAUGUAGACGUAAAAGAAAAAGAAUAUCGAAAACUUGGUCUUCGAGUGAAGAAAGUGUUAUUUUAAAGAAACAAAAACAAAACAAAAAUAAAAGUAAAAUAAGGUCCCCACCUACAAUAAGAUUUGAUAAAUGUACUUUAGAUAAGGAAAACUUUGUAAACUCUCUAGCAGAGUUACCACGUGAAAGUUCAAGUUCCUCUAUUAUAGCUACUACUUCUAUGAAUGACGAUAAUAAUGAUAACGGUAAUAAUGGAUAUAGAGAUAAAAGAAGAAUGUCGGAGAUUUAUUCUUCAAGUGAAGACAGCUUUGUUUCAAAGAACUCAAAGCAAAACAAAAAUAGAAGUGAAAUAAAAUCUCCUAAAAUUACCUCAUUUGAUAAAUCUACUUCAAAUAGGGAAGACUCAACUUUAAAUUCUAACUUUCAAGAGGAAUCAUGUGGAAGAAAUUUUAUGGAAAAUGAAAAUUUCAGUUCAUUUAUUAUGCCUACUACUAGUUCCAUGAACAAUAACAAAAAUGCAGGUUAGUUUUUUUUAUAAAAU